GGUACUAACUGUAACAUAUUUCAGGACUGGCUGAAGAGUCUCUCUGUAUGUCUGGCACUGGUCCAAACAGCAGUAUCUCAGCCUCACAACCAAUUGUAUCGUGGCAAGGUGGGGCUUUGUGUCAGUCAGGUACUAACUGUAACAUGUUUCAGGACUGGCUGAAGAGUCUCUCUGUAUGUCUGGCACUGGUCCAAACAGCAGUAUCUCAGCCUCACAACCAAUUGUAUCGUGGCAAGAUGGGGCUUUGUGUCAGUCAGGUACUAACUGUAACAUGUUUCAGGACUGGCUGAAGAGUCUCUCUGUAUGUCUGGCACUGGUCCAAACAGCAGUAUCUCAGCCUCCCAACCAAUUGUAUCGUGGCAAGGUGGGGCUUUGUGUCAGUCAGGUAAUCAAGGUGUUGACUCUCUUCCGCUCUCUACUUUGCAGUCCACCUUGUAGAUGUUGUAUGGCCCAACAGCAGACUGUGUGGUACCUAAGCGAGAGGCUGCGUUGGUGUGUCUCAGAGCUCCGCCGGGUGCUGAGUGGUGCUGGCACGGAGCAGGAUCGGGACGGUGCAGGAUCUGUUUCAUUCCUGCGCCAGGUGGACCACGCCCUGCAGCAGUUGAACCAUUCAGACCUGGAGGGCUGGAAACAGAUAGUAGAUGACAUGGUGUGCCAGGCCAUCUCAGUCGCCAAGAUAGCGUCAUCAAUUGACUACAAUGAGAUCACAUCAGUCUGCCACAGGUUAUUGGACGAGAGCAAUCAGCUGGCAUGUGAGAGUGAUCAGCGGCAGGUGACUUUGCUGAAAGACUCACUGGCUGCCUGUCUGUCCAGUCUAGAGCAGAGAGUUAAUAUUGCUGUGCUCAGGCUUUUUCUGCAGGUGUUCUCAGAGCCUAAUGGGCCGGUGAAACGACUAGUGCAUUGUUGUGGCCAGGCAUUACACACACAGAGAAGAACAGACCUGGAUUCCUUGGUCGCCGAGUUGGAUGCUCAUAUCGAACGGAUCAUCCUUGUCGGCCAGUUUGCGGUCAGCUGCUGUGAGGAUAAAGGAAAGGUAGCAGCAAUGAGGUGUUGCAUGGCCAGUUUGGAGUCUGUAGACAAUUACUUGGUGCCUGCAAUCACUGCCUUCUACCUCACCCCAGACUGUGUCAACAAAAGAGCCUUUGUCAAGUUCCUCUGCGACCACUGGCAACAUCAGUUGACAUCUCUACAAUCCCAUUUGGAUAGUAUUAUUGACUCGUAUGCAUUUUCUCAGGUUGUGCAAGACAGCAUGGAAGUGCUGAGCAAAAAUCUGAAUGGAGAGAGUGAUGCAGUGUUGGAGGCCAGCCAGGUAAUAGUCAGACAUGGAUGGCUGUUGUAUAAACACUUAUCGAGAUCUAGUGAUGUGUCUGUGGCUUCUGAUGUCUUGGAUGAACUGAAGAAAGGAGUUCCAUUUUCAUUCAAGAGAUGUUACAUUCAAACUAAACUAGCUGACCCAGCAAUGCACGUCCCAUUCUGCGAUCCAUUUAUAAAGGUGAGUGGAAGGGAAUGAGCUAUUUCAUGAUUGUCUGAGUUCAACCAUUCAGCGAUUAACUCUUUGACAUGUUACUUAUUUUACCUCCUUCUGCACAACUUACUUUGCCAAAUUUGGCUGGAUUCGGUUAUUUGUUCCUAAAAUAUGAUAUUAUUUAUCGCAUGUUGUGUAUUACUUUUGAUAUUAAAUGUUUACUAUUUUUUCAGGUAAUAUCAUACACAGUCUUUUUUCACUGAAUUGUAAAUUCUCUCUUGCUGUUUAUAAUCUUAAAAAUAUUGCAUGUCAUAGUAGGUACAGACAGGUCAAGAUUUAUUUCCUAGGAAUAAGAUCAUCAUUUUGAUCUAUAUUCAUUGCAACUCUACCUAAUAAUUCAAGAAUAGCAGCUUUGAUUUAUCAACAUUUUGAUCUAAUCCUAAGUCUAAAUUUUAGACCUCUUUCAAGGGAAGAUUAUUUCAAACUCGUAUACUCUAUAUUUACCUUAUGUUACCUCAAGCGUUAUUGCACAGACUGAUACAAAGCAGCACAAUUGCUAGA